AUGUCUCAUAUUGUCUCCUUACGUAGUGCAUCAUUGCGUGCACUACGUUCGAGUUCAACCAUUGUUGCUGCAUCAAAAUGUACAACAUCUCCUCAUCGAUCAUGUCAACCUCUACGGAAAUUUUCAUAUUCAAUUCUUUCAACAUCACCCGAUCAAAACUCGACAAUAGGCAAUAAUAAAAAUAAAAAACGCACUCAUUCUGCUCGUACAAUUUCUAUCGAUUCUGUUCCUGAUUCAGUCUAUAGAUUUAAUCGUCGAAUUCACACGAGUCCAGUAUUUUUCGAUUCGGUUGAUGUGAGAGCACCACCAUUUCCUGAAUCGGUGAAAGAAGGAACUAUUCGUUUAUUGAAGAAAGUUGGAGACAAAGUAAGCGUCGAUGAAGCAAUAGCUGAAAUCGAAACAGACAAAGCAAAUUUAAGUAUCAAUGCACCGGAAGCCGGUACAAUUGAAGCAUAUCUUGUUGCUGAUAGUGAUAACGUUACAUCCGGUGUUCACGUAGCCAAGCUUAAUACCAGUGCUGAUGCGAAGCCAGUAUCAGAAAGUAAAACCGACGCACCGAUUGGCAAAGUCGAAACUAAAUCAGGACAGUCAAUAGAAAAACCAUCAGCAGAUCCAGCUGCACAUAUAUCAUUAAAUGAACUAUCACCAUCAGCAGGUGCAAUACGCGAUACUUCAGCACCACAAAAACCAAUUGCACAUCCUAUAAAAACAUACGCUAAAAUUGAUCCACACAAUGUUACUGGCACACGAUUAGAAACACGUGUUAAGAUGUCAAGAAUGCGUUUGAAAAUAUCUGAACGCCUUAAAGAAGCACAAAACACCUGUGCUAUGUUAACGACUUUCAAUGAAAUCGAUAUGAGUAAUGCUGUCGAAUUUCGUAAAAAAUAUGCAGACCAAUUUCUCAAACGUCACAAUAUUAAAUUAGGAUUUAUGUCCGCAUUUGUUAAAGCAUCUGCAUGUGCACUUACAGAUAGUCCGAUUGUUAAUGCAGUUAUUGACGGAAAUGAAAUCGUCUAUCGCGAUUAUGUUGAUAUCAGCGUUGCUGUUGCUUCGCCAAAAGGUUUGGUUGUACCAGUCAUUCGCAAUGUAGAAAAAAUGAACUACGCAGAUAUUGAACGUGCAAUUAAUGAAUACGGUGAACAGGCAAAGAAAGGUACCCUACCUAUUGAAGAUAUGGACGGGGGAACAUUCACAAUAAGUAAUGGAGGAGUAUUCGGCUCGUUAUUUGGCACGCCGAUUAUCAACCUCCCACAGUCAGCUAUUCUUGGUAUGCAUGGAAUAUUUGAUAGGCCUGUUGCUAUCAAUGGCAAAAUGGAAAUUCGUCCGAUGAUGUAUGUGGCUCUUACAUACGAUCAUCGUAUUAUUGAUGGCCGUGAUGCUGUUCUAUUUCUUCGAAAAAUUAAGCAAUAUGUUGAAGAUUCCCGUACCAUGUUUCUCGAUAUAUAA